AUGUAUUUCCGUUCCGCCUAUCUGUCGACAGGCAAGAAAAUUUUCAUUUGGCAUGUGCUUUCAAAGUGAAACAAAAAAUUCUCGAAAACAUAGCAAAAUCAUAAAACUAUAUUGCAAAAAUUGCAUUUUCCGACUAAAAAUAAAUUCAUAGAGAGGAAAACAUGCCACAAAAGGUGCUAACACGUCGCCAGCGGAAGGCAGCCGAGGCCAUGCGACAAUACACAGAAGAGACGCUCAAGUAUCCAGAAGCCACAGUGACCCCACGGCUGGAGACCACCGUCGCGAAGGAUGUAAAAGCGGGUGAGUCUAGGCCGGAGCAACAGAUAAUACCAGGAGGCCCCCCUCCACCUGCACCACCAAAGCCACCGAUUAGUGCUAGAAAAAAGAUUGUGCCAAUCAGCAGGGCAACAAAGCUGACACAGAAGAGGACACAGUCAAAUAAAUUGGUGGAGUCGAUUAUCUACAGUAAGACCCCAGUGGCGAGUGGAAGGCUUCCGAAGAAGACGCCCGAGACAGUCAACUUUGACACCCAACAGCUUCCUGGGGCUAAUCUUCAGACUACUGGCGCUACCUCUGCCACUGAACGGGAAGCGUUUCCCAAGACCGCGGCCCAACAGCAUGCCAGGGAGCAAUUAGUCUCGAUAUGGAACAAAAUACAAAACCACAUGAGUUCCACGACUAUGAGCACGAGAAUCUCGCCAAGGACGGUGAACAUACCAUUGAUGAAUAAGAUCUGCGAACAAAUAAAGAGUCGGUGGCAGGGAAUUUUGCCGGAGGACUGCUGCAAUCUGAAUCGCCAGACAGGGGUGUCGCCCGGCUUGUCCUCGUUGAGCUUCACACCCAGUGAAAUGGAGCUGAUUCCCCAAACAUUGCAAGCAGUCGACAACUAUUUGGCGAGCAUCGAGAGUGAAACCAAUUUCGAUGAUCACGACCGGCGCACAACUUCACGAAAGCGAAGAUUGGAGCGAGAGAAGGCCGCGUACACAUAUCCCCCAGUAAAGAGUGCUGAUCCCACAGAGAGUGUGAAAAAUUCCGAGAAAGUUCAGACAUCCAUAUCCAUCCGUCCAGAUGACUCUAUCAAGAUUAUUGACCAAACCGGCUACCUCGUUGUCAGCGGCACAGACCAACAGUUGGCCAAAAAGCUCAUUGACAUGAAAGCCCAAGGAGCUACCAUCGAGCAAUCCAUUAUGCUCCCGAAGGACACUGUGGAGAGAGUGUUGCAGCAGUUGGAGGAACUGCACCUGAAUCGUGAACAGAUUAUCCAGAAAAUGCACUCAAAGCAUGAAACGCUGGCGCAGCGACGCGAGCCGCGUCUAAAGAAGCGGAGCAAAAAGGCAUAGGCAUCUUGUGCACAUUACAAAAGACACACAAAAACAUUUACAUUUACAUUCAACGCUGCUGAACUGAAUCCAGAUCACAUUAGACAUAUUUCCAAAUUCAAAUUUCGCGCUCAAGACUCAACAAGUUGGCAACGCCAGCAUUGCACCGAAGGGCGGGCCCAAAACGGAACGGCAAAAAGCAGCGUGGCACGUUGACAGGAGGAGAAAGCAACAUGCAGUUUUACCCUCUCACGUGUACGCCGGGACCUGUCCAUGGUGGUUGCGCAGACAGGCUACCGGCUACAGGCCACAGACCACAGGAUUCAAAGCGGUUGAAAGAAGAGUACGUUUUAGGCUUAAAAUGAAAUCACGGGCUAUUAACAACAAAAACAAAACACAUGCGCACGCACACACACAUGCGACAGAUGGAAGAAGAAGAUAAGCCGCCGCACAUGUGUUGCGAGCCCACGAACCACGUGUGGGUGUGUGUGCGCGCGCAUAUACAUGUAUGGGUAAAUGCCGCCGCCACGCCAUGUGCUUUUUAUGCUCAACACAACAAUCAAAUUAAAAACUUUUUUCUACACUUCACUAUCGCAUUUCACAUUUUACCCACACACCUCCAGAGACACCAGCCGCGUUUUGUUUAACAAGCUGUUUUCAUUCGAAAUAAAUAUAUGAAUGUACGAACGCAGACAAAAUGCGAAACGGA